AUGGCACGUACAAAGCAAACAGCUCGUAAAUCGACUGGUGGUAAAGCCCCACGGAAACAACUUGCCACUAAGUUACAUCCAGCUAAACAAGAAAAGAUCUUUUUUGUUCAGGCAGCUCGUAAAUCAGCACCGUCGACUGGUGGUGUAAAAAAGCCUCAUCGUUAUCGCCCAGGCACAGUCGCACUCCGUGAAAUUCGUCGUUACCAAAAGUCCACUGAGCUGCUCAUUCGCAAAUUACCCUUCCAACGCUUAGUUCGUGAAAUCGCCCAGGAUUUUAAAACGGAUCUCCGAUUUCAGUCUGCUGCCAUUGGUGCGCUUCAGGAAGCAAGUGAAGCUUAUUUGGUGGGACUUUUCGAAGACACAAACUUGUGCGCAAUUCAUGCUAAGCGUGUUACCAUCAUGCCAAAGGAUAUCCAGCUUGCGCGUCGAAUCCGUGGAGAACGAGCUUAA